AUGGGUCUAGGAUCCCCGUUUACGCUCAACGGAAGGAACAUAUCCAAUUGCACCAGCUACGUUCAUCUUGGUCGGGAAAUGAACAUGAAGAACGACCUGACCCUGGAGCUGAGUACGAGGAGACGAGCGGCUUGGAGAGCGUAUAAGAGCAUUGAGCAUGUAGUGGGGAAGGCCAAGAACACCCGGCUCCGUGCUCACCUCUUCAACAGAUCCGUGCUUCCUGCUUUUACCUAUGCUUCGGAAACCUGGGCAUUUCGCAAGCAGGAAGAAAACGCGGUGGGCGUCAUUGAACGCGCAAUUGAGAGAGUGAUGCUAGGAGUAUCCCGUUUCACGCAAGAGAGAGAUGGGAUUCGAAAUUCUCUCCUACGUCAGCGAUCAAAGAUUACAGACGCCGCCGCGUUUGCCAAGGAAAGUAAAAUAAGGUGGGCCGGACACGUAAUGCGCUUUAACGACAACCGCUGGACCAGAGCCGUGAGCAACUGA